AGACAGCCGGGAAAGAUGCCUUUUGACCCAGCUUGGUAGCCGUAGUCGGCCGAGCGCCGGCGGCAGGGGAUUGUGGGAGAAGAUGGCGGCCGCCGUUCACCCCCGAGUUGUCAGGGCCCUGCCAAUGUCACGUUCUUCUGUUACUACAAUAGCCACAUCUGUGUUUCAUGGCCCACCGCAGCGCCAGCUUCAUCAUGCACUCAUACCUCAUGGGAAAGGUGGGCCUUCCUCAGGCAGUGGGAUUGUGGCCACCGUGUUUGGAGCAACAGGAUUCCUGGGCCGCUAUGUUGUCAACCACCUUGGUCGCAUGGGGUCACAAGUGAUCGUCCCCUACCGGUGUGAGCCAUAUGAUACCAUGCACCUUCGCCCGAUGGGUGACCUGGGCCAGAUUAUCUUUCUGGAAUGGAACGGGAGAGACAAAGACUCGAUCCGAAGAGCUGUGGAGCACAGCAACGUGGUCAUCAAUCUCGUUGGGCGGGAAUGGGAAACCAAAAACUUUGAUUGUGAGGAUGUUUUUGUAAAGAUUCCCCAAGCAAUCGCUCAAGUGUCCAAGGAAGCUGGAGUUGAAAAAUUUAUUCACGUUUCUCAUCUGAAUGCCGAUAUUAAAAGCUCUUCUAAAUAUCUGAGAAAUAAGGCUGCUGGAGAGAAAGAAGUGAGAGACACAUUUCCGGAAGCUACCAUCAUAAAGCCAUCGGACAUCUUUGGAAGAGAGGAUAGAUUCCUCAAUUAUUUUGCAAGUAUUCGAUGGUUCGGUGGUGUCCCUCUUACUUCCUUGGGCAAGAAGACAGUGAAACAACCAGUAUAUGUAAGUACCCUGGAUAAAGGAGCUUUUUCUGAAUUCAAGAGUCAGGUCUCUUUUGGUUCCAAACAAGAGAAGUCUUGA